CAGCUGGCAACCAUGUUUCAGUUUUUGCUCGGUUUUGCAGUUGGCAAUGUAGUUGGAAUGUAUUUGGCCCAGAACUAUGAUGUUCCAAACAUUGCAAAGAAGAUUGAAGACAUCAAGAGAGAUGUAGAAGCCAAGAAGAAGCCUCCAAGUGAUAAAUGAUGCUGAUUUAGGCAUCCUACUAUUCAACACAGAUGGUGUACUUUAA